UCCUUUGCUUUUCUCAAAAGUGAAACUGACUCUUGCUUUUGCUCUUGUUGAUUUUUAUGCUAACUCUCAUUCCAUUUGCAAAAGAGAAAUAGCAACUUUGGAGUGUAAACGGAGCAACUGAUCUGAAGUUGAGAAUCACAGGAAGCUUGCAAAGGCGAUCAGAUCUGAAGCUUGUUUUGACAGGAAACCAUGGCUGAAGUUGUGGGUGGAGCUUUUCUCUCUUCUGCUCUUGCUGUUCUGUUUGAUAGGAUGGCUUCCCGUCCGGUUCUUGACUUCAUCCGAGGAAAGAAGACCACCGCUGGGCUGCUCCGCAAUUUGAAGAUUAAGUUGUUGUUGGUUAAUAAAUUUCUCGAUGAUGCAGAGGAGAAGCAACUCAGAAACGAUAGAGUCAGGAAAUGGCUUGAUGAGCUUAAAGAUGUUCUCUAUCGUGCAGACGACCUGUUGGAUGAGAUAAAGACUGAAGCUCUGCGUUGCAAGAUGGAACAAGAAGAUUCUGGAAGCAGCCGCAUAAAUCAGGUGUUAAGGAGACUCAAGUUUAGUUCUAUUUCCAUUCAUAAAUUUGACAAAAGUCUGAAACCCAGGAUACGGGAUAUUCUUGAAAGACUGCAAUCUGUUGUCGACGGAAAAGAUGUGCUUGAUUUGAAAGAAGGUGUUAAGGAGAGAUCACAAGGAAGACUGCCUACAACUUCUUUGGUAGAAGAGUUCGGUGUAUAUGGAAGGGAUGGAGAAAAGGAGGCCAUUAUCAAGUUAUUGUUAGCGGAUGGUAUGACUGGAAAUAAAAUAGAUGUGCUUCCAAUUGUGGGCAUGGGUGGGCUUGGAAAGACCACUCUUGCUCAACUUGUAUACAAAGAUGACAGAGUCAAGAAACAUUUUAACCAUCAGUCAUGGCUUUGUGUUUCGGAAGAAUUUGAUGUCACCGAAUUAACACAGUAUAUUUACAGGUCAGUGACUUCAGAUGUUUGUAAUAUCACAGACCUUGACAUGCUUCAAGUUAAACUACAGACGACAUUGACAGGGAAGAAAUUUCUCUUUGUUCUUGAUGAUGUUUGGACUAUGACUAAUGACGAGUGGGAUCUCUUAAGCCGACCCUUUGAGAGUGGAGGUCAUGGAAGUAAGAUCAUUGUCACAACACGUCAUGAAGAUGUUGCAGGCAUUAUGGGUACCCUUCAAAGUCAACAUCUAAUGCCAAUAUCUGGGGAAGACUGCUGGUCGUUGUUCUCAAAACAUGCCUUCAAGAAUGCAGGUGUUACUGCAGAUCCGUCGCUUGAAGUGAUUGGAAGACAGAUUGUUCAAAAGUGUAAGGGACUCCCUUUAGCUGCAAAAUCACUUGGGGGUCUUUUACGUUCUGAACCAAAUAUUGAGAAAUGGGAAGAAGUAUUGAACACUCACAUAUGGGAGUUGCUAGAUAAAAAGAAUGGCAUUUUGCCGGCUCUAUGGUUGAGCUACCAUAAUCUACCUCCGCAUCUGAAGCGUUGUUUUGCUUACUGUUCCAUAUUUCCUCAAGAUUAUCAGUUUCACAAACCGGAUCUGGUUUUGUUGUGGAUAGCUGAAGAUCUCUUACCGUCGAAUUCGAAGACUACAUUUGAACAAGUUGGAGAGAACUACUUUGAUGAUCUUGUGUCAAGGUCAUUUUUUCAACAUGUACCGAAUCACUUUUCUGGUAAGGCAGUUUUCACAAUGCAUGAUCUUCUUCAUGACUUGGCAAACUUUGUCUCUGGAGAGUUUUGUGUUAGAUUGGAGAACAAAGACUCAGUAUUGGAAAAUGUCAGCAAGAGUCGCCACUUUUCAUGUGCAUACCGCAGUUUUGAUCAAUGGGACAGUUUGUAUGAAGCUAAGUAUUUGAGGACCUUUCUAGUAUCUGAUUAUAUCUACAGCAAACGUCCCAACUUAGAUUUUGAUAAAUUCCUGAAGCUUCAGUGUUUAAGAGUGCUCGAUAUAUCAAGGUACUAUCUCCGUGAGCUACCUAGUUCAAUUAGCAAGUUGAAGCAUCUAAGGCACUUGGACUUGUCUGGCUCAUCAAUUAAAAAGUUACCUGAUAAAAUGUGUACUUUAUAUAAUUUACAGACGUUAUUGUUGUCGUAUUGUGAAUCUCUUGUUGAGUUGCCAACUGAUUUGGGAAGAUUAAUCAACUUGCGUCAUCUUGAUAUUCGAGACACAAAGAUAGAAAAGAUGCCACCAAGUAUGGGCAAAAUGAAAGAUCUCCAAACAUUAAGAGGUAAGUUUGUCCUAGACAAAUACACUAGUGAUAACUUUGUUGAGAUUAAAGAGCUUCAGCAGUUGCGCGGAACACUAUGUAUAUCUGGGCUUCGCCAUAUUGUGCAUGUCACGGAUGCCUUGGAGACCAAUAUGAGAAAGAAGAAGCAUCUGGAUAAAUUAGUUUUGGAAUGGGGAGGCAAGUAUGGUGACACCGACGAUACACAAAAAGAGAGAGAUGUGCUGGAGAACCUCCAACCUCAUACAAACCUACAAAAACUCACCAUUCAAUCUUAUGGGGGCACAAGAUUACCAGGUUGGUUGGAAGAUCUUUCUAGUUUAUCUAAUCUGGUUCGUCUUCGACUUCUGGAUUGCGGAAAUUGUUUGUCCUUGCCAUCAGUUGAGCAGCUACCCUCCCUCCAAGAGCUUAAGAUUCAAGGAUUUAAUGGAGUGGUGACUGUGGGUUCUAAGCCUUUUCCUAAUCUUCGUAAGCUUCGUCUGAAAUCUUGUCCCGAGGUAAGCGGGGCAUUCAUGUUAGCCUGCUUCCCAAAGCUUGAAAGCCUCGAUUUGGAGGAUGUGAAUGUAGAAUCUCUUAAUUCCCCUUCACUCCUCUCCCUUGUCCGCCUUAAAAUCUCUUCAUGCCCAAAUUUUGUUUGUUUUCCCGAUGGAGGGCUGGAUGCGCCCAACCUGGAGACCAUAGAAGUCUAUGAAUGUUGGAAACUGAUGUCAUUGCCACAGCACAUGCACAACCUUCUCCCAUCUCUGUGGAGGUUGAUCUUAUCUGAUUGUCCAGAAUUGGAAUCAUUUCCCGAAGGGGGAUUGCCGUCUAAGUUGGAAGAGUUGCGCAUCCAUUGUUGCAAGAAACUCCUCAUUGGAAACCGUAUGCAGUGGGGUCUACCAACACUCACCUCUCUCAAAUUCUUGAGCGUCAAAUUUAAGGGAUGUGAACAAGUUGUAGAUUCAUUUCCAGACGAGGGGCUGCUGCCCACCACUCUCGGAUCACUCGACAUCUUCAGUAUUUCGAAGCUGGACGGCAAGGGGUUUAGACAACUCACCUCUCUUAAACAGUUGGGAAUUUACUUUUGCCCUGAACUCAGGUGCUUGCCAGAUGAAGGGCUACCCACUUCCCUUUCUGAUCUGCACAUCUGUCAUUGUCCUUUACUAGAACUACGUUGCCAGAGGGAGACUGGGGAAGAUUGGCCCAAGAUUGCUCACAUCAACAGCAUUCUAAUCAAUUUGAACCAUAUAUGACGUGCAAUGGAUUCUGUCUCUCAUAAUUGGCAGGGCAAUGUUCACUGAUGUAUAUAGGCUGUUGUUUUUGAAUAAAAGAAGACUGUCACAAAUAGAUGUGUACAAAGAAUUGCCUGAGUAGUGUAAAUAAUGCUAAGAAGUGACGCAGCAAAAUGAAUCCCAGGAUGAUGGAGGGAUCCAUUCGGAAUGGAGGAGAUGGAAUUCUAUGAGGAAGUGAAAAUGGAAUAUGCAAAAGAGAAAAUCAGGUGACAAGUCGUCACAGAAGGCUGCUAUUAAGGCUUCCAAAAAAUUAAAGAAUUCUGAUGCUGCACAUCAGGAAUUGGAAUCAUUUCCCGAAGGGGGCUUGCCGUCUAAGUUAGAAUACUUGCGCAUCUGGUGUUGCAAGAAACUCCUCAUUGGAAACCGUAUGGAGUGGGGUCUACCAACACUCAUCUUUCUCAGAUUCUUGGGUGUCGACUUUGAGGUAUGUGAACAAGUUGUAGAUUCAUUUCCAGACAAGGGGCUGCUGCCCACCACUCUCGGAUCACCCGACAAGGGGUUUAAACAACUCGCCUCUCUUAACCAGUUGAUAAUUCGCGAUUUCCCUGAACUUCGGUGCUUGCCAGGUGAAGGGCUACCCACUUCUCUUUCCCAUCUGGACAUCGAUCAUUGUCCUUUACUAGAACAACGUUGCCAGAGAGAGACGGGAAGAUUGGCCCAAGAUUGCUCACAUCAAGAGCAUUUAUAUCAAUAACAAACGUAUAUGACGUGCAAUGGUGCUUUGUAAUUCCCUGAUCAGAUGAUUCCACUGCUGAGAUAUUGGAUUGAAAUUUCCUGUCGAUGUUGCACAAGGUUCUGAAUUAGUAGUGCUAUCACGCGAGUACAAGACUGUGGCCAGAGGAAUGGUUGCCAAUGUAUACAGGAUUUUAUUUUCUACAAAACAAAGAAGGUAACAAAAGAGGAUGUGUGAAAAGUUUCCUGGUAAUGCUUGAUUCAUCCAUGGCUACACAUUUGUCAAGUUCCAUGGAUUUCAGGGUGCUCUACAUCAUGUCUUUAUUGUGGACCAAUCAGAGCGUUUGCAUAUAUGAAGUAUGCAAUUGCAGGUGGCUCUAGUACUUUUAGAACCAACUUCAUUGUUGCCUCUUGGUUCCCUGGUUGAUUCGGUUACCAUCCAGUUUGGAGCCUCUAAAUCAUCACUUACUGAAAAGUUCUAGGUACAGUUCUGAGCUAAGCAUUCUCCAUGCAGAUCUUCUUUUCUGAAGUUUUCUUAGGAUUCCCUCCUCUCAUAAAUGGCAGGGCAAUGUUUGCUGCUGUAUAUAGGCUGUUGUUUUCUAAUAAAAGAAAACUUUCACAAACAGGAUGUGUACAAAGAAUUUCCUGAAUAUGCAAAAGAGAAAUUAGGUGAUGAUUCUUAACAGAAGGCUGCUCUUAAGGCUUCCAAAAAAUCAAAGAAUUAAUCCUGAUGCUGCACAUUACGGGAAACAAACUUUUGUGCUUGUUAAUUGAUUGCUGGCUUGCUGCAAGUAAAAUGGAUUCUUACUGUGCUGCAAUAUGCUUGUAGAAGAGAACUGAAGCAGUAAUGAAUUUGUGAAACAAUGUUCAAAUCUUCAACUUUUUUCCUUUUUCUAUUUGCAUUUCAAUGUAAUGUUAUUAUCUUGUUAUAAUCUUGAGACAAUGAGAGUAGAUUACUAGACAGUCUCAUGUUAUAAUCUUCAAUUUUUGCGUCAGAAGUUUGUCUCGAGACACUUUGGCAUAAACUUUCAGUGUUUCAAGUUUCAUAAACACUUAAACUAUUCAAACUUCUUUACUUAUUUGAUCCUUCAUGCCAUUGUCACA